CAACUAGACAACUAAGUUUAAGGCGCAACUGUACAUUGUACUUAAGUGUUCAAAGGAUAUUUAGUUUACUUUGUAUAUAGGAAAGUAGCUAAAAGCACACGGAGUCGAGUCACAGUCACUAGCAACUAAGUAACCAGGCGCUAUCCACAGUAAAAUUAACAGUAACGGAAACGGAAACGGAAACGGAAACAGUAGGAGUAACUGCUUAAGUAACAGUUAAAGGAACGGUAACAGUCAGGAGACAAGGAGAAGAACAAAAAUGACGAUGAGUACAAAUAACUGCGAAAGCAUGACGUCAUAUUUCACAAACUCGUAUAUGGGAGCGGACAUGCACCAUGGCCACUAUCCGGGCAACGGCGUCACCGAUCUCGAUGCGCAGCAGAUGCAUCACUAUAGCCAGAAUCCAAAUCAGCAGGGCAACAUGCCCUACCCGCGCUUCCCGCCCUAUGACCGUAUGCCCUACUACAAUGGCCAGGGCAUGGAACAGCAGCAGCAGCAGCACCAGGGCUACUCGCGCCCCGACAGCCCCUCCAGCCAGGUGGGUGGCGUGAUGCCGCAGGCGCAAACAAAUGGCCAGCUGGUGUCCGUUGCUCAACAACAGCAGCAGUCACAGCAACAGCAACAGGCGCAAACACAGCAACAGCAGGCGCAGCAGGCGCCGCUACAGCAGCAGCAGCAUCCUCAGGUGACGCAACAGGUGACACAUCCGCAGCAGCAACAGCCCGUGGUCUAUGCCAGCUGCAAGCUGCAGGCGGCCGUUGGCGGCCUGGGCAUGGUGCAAGAGGGAGGCUCCCCGCCGCUGGUCGACCAAAUGGGCGGGCAUCACAUGAAUGCACAGAUGACACUGCCCCAUCACAUGGGUCAUCCGCAGGCACAGCUGGGCUACACUGACGUUGGCGUUCCCGAUGUGACAGAGGUGCAUCAGAACCAUCACAACAUGGGCAUGUACGGGCAACAGCAGACGGGUGUGCCGCCCGUGGUUGCACCACCGCAAGCGAUGAUGCAUCCGGGUGCUGGACAGGGACCCCCACAGAUGCAUCAAGGACAUCCCGGACAACAUACACCGCCAUCCCAAAAUCCGAGUUCGCAAUCCUCAGGGAUGCCGUCUCCACUGUAUCCCUGGAUGCGAAGUCAGUUUGAGCGCAAACGUGGCCGCCAGACCUAUACACGCUACCAGACGCUGGAACUGGAGAAGGAGUUCCAUUUCAAUCGCUACUUGACACGCCGGCGACGCAUCGAAAUCGCGCACGCGCUCUGCCUGACCGAGCGUCAGAUCAAGAUCUGGUUCCAGAAUCGACGCAUGAAGUGGAAGAAGGAGAACAAGACGAAGGGCGAGCCCGGCUCCGGCGGCGAGGGCGACGAGAUAACACCACCCAACAGUCCCCAGUAGGAGGAGCAUUGGCCAGUGCGGGAGGGUGAUUAUGGUUAUGGGGGGAGUAGUCCAAGUCCAAGUCCAAGUCCAAGUCGGAGUCCAAGUCCAAGGCCAAGUAGCGAAGCCAGCGCAAAACUAAAUGAAAUUUCAAGCUAAAUACAAUUUACAAUUUAUGAAAAAUUUGUUUUGAACUAUCCAAGAGGACGAAAUAUCUACUGUGUUGCAAAAGUACAUAAAAAGAAAGUACACUACACAACACUAAACACUACAACUUAGUUAAUUGUUAUUAUUUUCUUAUUAUUAUUUAAUUUUUACAAAAUGCAAA